AUGGACAAAGAAAGUGUUACGUUCUGUGUAUCAUCAGAACUUUCCAAUAUCCCAUUUAAAAUUCAGAUAGAUAGAUUAUUAGGUAAAAAAGAAUUAUUAAAAGCUUCAGCAAAGUUUGAGUGUCCAGAAAUAAGUAGACUUCCUUCAAAUAUUAAUGAAUGCAGUGAACUUUUUGUCACUGCUCAAAUAUACGAUUGUAAGACUGGCAGAAAAUUAACGUUACCUGUUUCAACUAGAUACACGCCCUUCAAAAAUCAUAGAAAGUGGUCUCAAUGGUUAGUUUUGCCUAUUUAUUUAUCUCAAUUGAACGCAGAAUGUAAAGUAUUACUAACUCUUUGGGAAUUUAACCCUGAAGGUGAGAAAGAGAUCUUUUAUCAGGUUGACACCAAUAUCUUUGAUGAUAAAACAAGAUCGUUGAAAAGGGGUUCAGAAUGUAUUAAAUUUAAUAUUCGUGCUCCAAUUGGCUCCCAUGAAAUAAUACCUAAUAAUUCACAGGAAUUACUAGAUAAAUAUAUUUUAGGUGAAAUUAAGUCGGACCCUUGGCUAGAUCCAACUUCCAUUGAAGUUUUAAGACACAAAGCUCUCAAUAUAUCCAUAGAUGACAAAAUAAGUAAAAUUGAUGAUGUUAAAGACACCUUUGUAUUAUUUAUCCGUUUCCCUUUGUAUGAGGUUCCGGUUGUAGAACAACGGUCAUCUUUGGACUUACCUGGAAAUAUUUCUACCGUCGAAUCAUUCAAACCGAAUAGCUCAGAUUUAACCAGCGCUACUGUUAAGAAUAACCAUACUUAUAGUAACAAUAAUAUUUUUAGUGAUAACAGUAUCACCACUAUCACCAAUGCUACUAUUAAUAAUACCCCUACUGGUGAUAUUACUGAUAGCAAUGAUGAUAGCAAUAAUGAUGAUAGCAACAACAAUAAUAAUGUUGAUACUGACGAUGAUACCAAUACGAAUAGCAAUCAAGAUAAUAAUAUUAAUAUUAACAACAGCACUAAUAAUACAAGUUUUAAUAACAAUCAAGAAUUCGUGGUUUUGUCUAAUAGACGAAACACGGUGAAAUUUUAUGACCCUGAACAAUUUAAUACCGAUCCAAUUGAAGAAAAAUUUCGGAGGUUAGAAAGGUCGUUGAGUAGAAAGGGACAAAUAGACACAAUUAUAAAGCCAGACGCAAAAAGAAGAGAGCUAUUAAAUAAAAUUAUCAAUUAUCCACCUUGUACUCAGUUAACUUCUUAUGAAAAAGCAUUGAUUUGGAAAUACAGGUAUUAUUGUUUGUCUUUUAAAAAAGCGCUACCAAAAUUUUUACAAAGUUGCUCAUUAACAGAUGAGGCGGAACAAAAGGAAGUUGUUAAUUUAAUGAAUAGAUGGACAGAGAUUGAUAUUGCUGAUGCUAUAGAGCUAUUAAGCCCAUCCUAUAAUAGUUCCUUUGUUAAAGAAUAUGCUGUUAGAUGUUUAAGAAAAGCUACAGAUGAAGAAUUAGAACUAUACCUUUUACAAUUGGUACAAGCAUUAAAGUUUGAAGGUCAACAACAAGGACAAGAGGAGGAACGUAAAAGCUCUGCUACCACUUCGCAUAAGAUUUCACAGGCAAUGGUUGACCCCUUAGCUUCUAGAUACUCCAUGAGUGUAAUGACCACUGGGGAUGACAAUAAUUCCGAUUUAGUUGUUGCUGAGGAUCCUAACGACUUCGGAGUUGUAUUAAAUAGCGAUGAUGCUGAUAAUAAGCCAAAUGACCGAUUAUCCCAUUUAGCACACUUCUUAAUACAAAGAAAUUCCAAAAAUUUUAGAUUAUCGAGCCAAUUUUAUUGGUAUUUGGUUACCGAAUCUACUGAUAGUUUCCACUUACAAUCUAUAUUGACCUAUUUUUUAAAUAAACUACCACAAGAUUAUAGGGAUAAAAUAUCCAUACAAUCCGAAUUUGUUAACAUAUUACGUGGGUUUUGUAUUCAUAUUAAGAAUUUAAGAGAUACUACGCAAAAGAAAACAGAAUUAUUGCACAAUUUGGUUAGUUCCAAGUUGAGGGGAUUUUUGAAACAUAAAAAAGUGGUCCUUCCAUUAGACCCAUCAAUAACAGCGGUUGAUGUUGUAGUGGAUAAGUGUAAAGUAUUUAAAAGUUCUUUGUCUCCAUUAAAAAUCACGUUUAAAACAAAGCCGGACAAUAAUAUUAUUAACCAGACGUAUUCUUUAAUGUUCAAAGUAGGUGAUGAUUUAAGACAAGAUCAGUUGGUUGUGCAAAUUAUUACACUGAUGGAUGUGCUAUUAAAAAGUGAAAACGUUGAUUUAAAAUUAACACCGUAUAAAAUUGUUACUACUGGACCAGACGAAGGCGCUAUCCAAUUUAUACCCAAUGAUACAAUUACAGAUAUAUUAAAUAAAUAUCAUGGCAUCUUACCUUUUUUGGCCGACCAUAACUCUAAUUACGAUAAAAAUAAACACGGAGACCAGGUUAAUGCAAUAGAACACCUGAAUCCGGAGGUAAUGGACAAUUUUGUUAAAUCAUGUGCAGGUUAUUGUGUCAUUACUUAUAUUUUGGGAGUAGGUGAUAGACAUUUGGAUAAUUUAUUGAUACAGCCAGAUGGUAGAUUCUUCCACGCCGAUUUUGGCUAUAUUUUAGGAAGGGAUCCUAAACCAUUUCCUCCAUUAAUGAAAUUGCCCCCUCAAAUAAUUGAAGCCUUUGGUGGAAUUGAUAGUGCUAACUAUGAUAAAUUUAGGAGCUAUUGUUUUGUAGCCUAUACGAUUUUACGUAGGAAUUCUGGCUUAAUUUUAAAUUUGUUUGAAUUGAUGAAAAAUUCGGAAAUUCCUGACAUAAAGCUAGAUCCAGAGAGUGCAUUGAACCAAGUUAAAGAAAAGUUCCGUUUAGACAUUUCUGAAGAGGAAGCAAUUUUACAUUUCCAGAAUUUAAUUAAUGUGAGUGUCAAUGCACUACUUCCUUUAGUUAUAGAUCAUUUACAUAACCUAGCACAAUAUUGGCGUGCAUGA